AUGGAGAGCGAGGACAACCGCAGCCUGGAAGUCCGGGCCGUGGCGGCUGCCUUCUUUUCGGCCGCCUCGAUAGCCGUCAUCCUGCGCUGCUACGUGCGCGGCUGGGUGGUGAAGGCGUUUGGCUGGGAUGAUGCGGUCAUGGUGCUUGCCCAUCUCUUCUACGCCAUGUUCUCCGGCAGCAUGAUCGGCGGCAGUCUGUACGGCACCGGCCGCAAGUUCCAAUACCUCGAUGAGCACCAGCGCGUCACGGCUAUGAAGUACUGGUGGCUGUGCGAGAUCGCCUACUGCUUCGCCUCCGUUGGCUGCAAGGUGUCCGUCUGCAUCUUCCUCAUGCGCAUCACCGUAGCCCGCCUGCACAUCUGGACCCUGUACAGCGUCAUGGCCAUGACCGCCGUCGCCGGGCUGGUCUUCAUGCUCAUCAUGCUGCUGCAGUGCCGGCCGUUGCAGUUCUUCUGGACCCGCAAGGCCUUCGACCCGGCCAUUCCGGGCCACUGUCUCGACAUGGAGAUUAUCGUCGCCAUGACCUACGUGUAUAGUGCGUUUGCGGCGAUUUGCGAUUUUACCGUGGGCAUCCUGCCUAUUUUUCUGGUGCGGAAGUUGCACAUGAAGCGGAAGACCAAGAUUGCGGUCGUGGGUAUCUUGAGUAUGGCGUGCAUUGCCUCCUGCGCCGUCAUCAUCCGUCUCCCCUGGGUAUCGACCUUUUACGACCCCGACUUCCUCUUCUCCACCGUCGAAAUCGCCCUCUGGUCCAACAUCGAAACCGGCCUCGGCAUCACCGCCGGCAGCAUGGCCACGCUCCGCCCGCUCCUGCGCCACUGGUUCGGCUCCAACGCCGACUACUCGUCCGGCAUGCCCGGCGUGUCCGGGUCGCGAUCGCGCCGCCCGCCAGGCGCCAGCCGCGACCGCCCCUUCCCGCUGGGCUCGCUGGAUGAGCACGCGCAGAACCGCCUGCGCCCGGACAAGCUGGCCGUCACCGUGACCACCGUGCAGAGCACGCAGAACGAGACCACGUGGCGCGGCUCGAGCAGCCCCAGCAGCAGCGAGGAGCGCCUGACGUUUGAGCGGCCGCCGCCGAUGCCGUCGCUGGAGUCGGGCGAGAUGGGGCUGAGUAUUCAUCGCACGUUUGAGGUGACCAGUUCUGCGGGGCCGGGGACGGGGACCUCCGAGAGUAUUCGGGAGCAUGUGUAG